AGUCACACAAGAAGAAGUGAUAAAGCUAGUGACGUCACGCUGCUCUGUUGUGGAGAAGGGUGGAAGAUGGCGGCGUCCAAGGUGAAGCAGGACAUGCCUCCUCCGGGAGGUUAUGGCCCCAUCGAUUAUAAACGAAAUCUUCCGAAAAGGGGCCUUUCGGGCUAUAGUAUGUUCGCUAUCGGAAUUGGAGUUACGAUUUUUGGCUACUGGCGGCUUUUCAAAUGGAACAGAGAGAGAAGGCGGUUGCAGAUUGAGGAGCUUGAAGCCAGGAUAGCCCUUAUGCCUCUUCUUCAGGCCGAGCAGGACAGAAGAACUCUCCGGAUGCUGAGGGAGAAUCUGCAGGAGGAAGCCACUGUCAUGAAGGAUGUCCCUGGCUGGAAGGUGGGUGAGACCGUGUACCACACAGAGCGCUGGGUGCCCCCCCUCACAGAGGAGCUGUUUAACCUUCGACCCCGGGAGGAGCUUCUGCAUAAGCGUUUCGGCUUCCUGUGGUACGUGUAGCCACGGUAACGGGCCCCGUGAUGCACUCUGCCCAGCUGUAAAUGAUCUCUAUUAAAGUUUGUUUUGUGUACCUCCA